AUGCGAGAACGAGUAUCGACGAGGGUGGCAUCUUAUGGUAAUCCCCACAGCAAUUGCAAAGGCGUGAAAGUCCUCACACAUAAUGCAGUCGAGGAAUUCCGGCCUGGUUACCCUCGGUAUACCGCACUUCUCAGCGCACAUCCUUCUUUCCACAAUUUCCGGCGAUUUACUCGGACACGGCUGAGAUUGUUGCUCCUGAAACAAGAUGAAAUUGCUGUGCUUGAAGAGUCAUUGGAUAAGAUAGAUUCUGCAGAGGAAUGCGAGCUCUUCCUGGGAUGCAGGCGUCGAGAUGCGAACCCGGCCCGUCAAGAGAUUCUGCGACAGUUGAAGUUGUCUCUGGCUGAAUAUGACAGUAUGGUGGAUCAAAAUCACCGAAGCUUAUCACUCCCAGAAUCCAGCCAGAGGGACGUCCAAAAUCUAAGGAACUGGAUUGAAGGCACCUCUUGUCUUACACGUCAAGAAUCGGCUUACCUUGAAGACUGCGACGAUCUUAUGAACCUGAGUGGGCCGGCAGACAACGCUAUCACCCGUAUGGAAUCAAUAGUUGAAGAUUCACUGUUUUGGAUCGACUUUGCUAUUCGCAGAGCACGCCUCACAAAGGUUCCGCGGGAUGGUAAUAUACUAAUUCUUGGUCCAUGGCUCCGAAGUAUUAGUCGGUCUAUCACGACGUGGCUUGCGACAUUAAUACUGCUUGUCCCAGUUAUAGCAUUGAAUUCUAUCGCUAGCUCCGAGGGGAGAUUGGCAACAAUCGUUCUGUCCUCAGGAAUUCUCCUCUCCUCAGUGUCUCUUUUCACGAAGGCUAGCACUAUUGACAUUUUCAUUACCGGUGCGAGGUAA